CUCUCUACUGAUUGAAGAUGGCAGAAGGACAUCUGUUAGUAUUACAGGAUGAGUUCACCUGCUUGGUGUGCCUGAAGACCCUGAGUGACCCCGUCUCAAUCCCCUGUGGUCACAGUUUCUGUAUGAAGUGCCUCACGGACUGCUGGGAUCAGAGCCAAGAGUGCAGCUGUCCUCAGUGCAGAAGAACCUUCACCACAAGGCCUGAAUUACACAUAAACACAGUGCUGAGUGACACGGUCAAGAAACUGAAGAAGACAACAAUUGGUCCACCUCGGUCUCUGAAUUACGCUGGCCCUGGGGAUGUGGAGUGUGACUUCUGUACUGGGAAGAAGCUCAGAGCGGUGAAUUCAUGUCUGACUUGCUUGGCCUCCUUCUGUCAGACUCACCUGCAGCCUCACUUUGAAGUUGAGACCUGGAAGGACCACAAGCUGACUGAUCCUGAUGGAAAUCUGAAGGAGAAACUCUGUGAGAAACAUCAGAAAUGUCUGGAGAUAUUUUGUACCACAGAUGAGAUGUGUAUCUGCAUAAUGUGUGUGGUGAGUGGACAUGAAGGUCAUAAAAUGGUCACACUGGAGAUGAAAAGAGAAGAAAAGCAGAAACAGCUGGGGGCGACACUGAGUGACAUCAAGAGGGGACUUGAGGAGAGAGAGAAGACACUGAAGGAGAUGAGGAGGGCGAUGGAGGAGAUGAAGAUCUCUAUGAAAAAAGAGGUGAAAAAAAAUGAGAAGAGCUUCACUGCUCUCAUACGGUGCAUUGAGGAAGCCCACAGGAAACUGACUGAGAGGGUCAGAGAACAAGAAAAGAGAGAAACGGAGAAGGCUGAAGGAGUAAUGGAGCAACUGGAGAAGGAGAUGGAGGUGCUAAAGAGGAGAGAAGCUGAGCUGAAGGAGCUUUCAGAGACCAAGGACCAUCUCCACUUCCUACAGACUUUCUCAUCUUGCUGUGUCCUUCCUGCUGAUGGAGACUCACUGAGCUUCACUGUCACCACUGAUUUCUCAUCUGAGGACCUGAGAAAGGAGCUGUCAGGUCUGACAAAUAGUCUGGAGAAGAUCAGCCAGUGGGUCAUCAUGACAAGGACUUCAUCAGCUCAUGAAGCUCCAGUUUUCGCCCUCCAGCCUCCUGAACCUCAGAGCAAAGAUGACUUUUUAAAAUACUUCUGUCCCCUCACACUGGACAUCAACACGGCACACAGAGACCUCCAACUGUCUGAAGGGAACAAGAAGGUGACACGUGAGAGGACAUGGUCUGGAUAUCCUGAUCAUCCUGAGAGAUUUGAUUGCUAUGUCCAAGUUUUGAGCAGAGAGGCUCUGACUGGGACUCGCUGUUACUGGGAGGUGGAGUGCAGUGGACACUUCAUCAAGAUUGGAGUCACAUAUAAAGGACUGAGCAGGAAAGGAGUGGGCUGGGAGUGCCGCCUUGGAUACAACGACAAGUCCUGGAGUCUGCAGUGUUGUAAUUCCCAGUACUCUGUGUGUCACAAUAACCAGCAGGCUGAAAUCAGUGCCCCCUACUGCCCCAGAAUAGGUGUGUAUCUGGACUGGCCUGCUGGCUCCCUGUCAUUUUAUAGCGUCUCACACACAAUGACCCUCUUGCACAGGUUCAACACCUCCUUCACUGAGCCCCUCUAUCCAGGGAUUUGUCUUUGUCCUAACUCCAAUGUAACCAUCAGCCAUCUGACACCAUGUGACCACUGACCAGUACCCUCCAGUACCCUCCCACAAGUGCAGGUCCUCUUUGUGUUUGUAGUUUGGGGUCAAUAUGAAUUUUACACGAUAGGUGGGGGUUGCACCUCUGUGAGUGAAUUUUGAAAUAAGAAUGCAGGGUGAGUCAGGGUCUCCAUUAUUAUUGGGUCUGAGUAGCCAAUCAGGUGUGUGUGCCAUAGUGAGGUGCGGAGACACCUCAGACCUACAAAUACCAGUCUGACCAGCAGGGUUGAUUCACAGCCAUAUGUCCUUCAGGCUGACACCCAAACAACUACUGUGUCCUCUGAGUGUCACCGAAUGUCACCUGUUAAGUCAGUCUGUAUAGCGCCUUUCAGUAGUGCUGCUCCAGCAGGAUGACAUGCCUGUCUCAAUAUCUAGAGCCACAUUCCAGUGACUAUUUAGGAGCACAGAGUGACAGAAGUGACUGGAGUGCUGGCCUCUAAAGAGACAUUGUCUGCCCCUCUAUUAGUUACUCAGGUGGUCUGUCACCUCUGAAUGAAUUCACUGUGGGUGUCUAAAGACAAGGAGUCACCACUCAGUCACAUGUUGGCCAUACUGAUGGAGUUUGGUGUUUUACUGGGUCACUUGGUGUCACGUUAGACAUUAAACUGUACCUUCUCCUUGUUGUUCCCACUGUCACCCAACCUCAAGGAGAUGAGUCAGCUGACUGACUUCACCUUCACUGUCGGUGUUCAAAGUGACAAUCAUAUGUGACACUUGGGGACACUUUUAUCUUUCCACUGACACACACAUUCCUAGGAUUAAUUUACAAUUCUCUCAGGAUCCCUCAAGGAGCGUCAUGUCACCUGACAUCAGUCUGUGUGAAGAAGCCAAUGAAGGCCAAACCCCCCCCCUCCGUGAAUUACAGGACACACCAGCAGAUGCUGAGUACGACUUCUAAAUCUGUCAUCUUCAUGGAGUAUGAGGGGUUAAAAGGAAGAGGAGAAAGUGAAUAAAGAGUAAGGGGUGAGGAUGAUAGAGAAGAGAGUCAGGGGGAUAAAGGGUUAGAUGAGUGACCUGAGCCAGAGUGAGUCACACGAGUGUGUCACUUGUGUGUUUGUGAGUUUUGCUCCUCCCUCCUGAUUUUCUCCUCUUUGACUUGUCACAUGCUGAUGGCCGUCCUGUGAUCACAGAUUGUAUUCCUUGUUGAUCAAAUCUGUAUCUCGAUGUGUGACUGACGUCUGAUUCUUUAAGCACUCGCUCAUCAGACAGGUUGUCACCCAAUGAGCUUUUCACUGCUGACCUAAGCCCUACUGCCCUCUUCUCUCUCCUGUCACCUCGGCCAUUGCUUCAGUCCCCACCGUGUGACCUCAUAAAGCCACUGGUCUGUCUGGUCACUCAGGUCCUCAUUGCAGCUGGACACUGGCAGUCGUUCAAAGUCUACAGGCUGACAGCCAUGUUGUCCUGUCAUCCGGAUGUUUGUGUUGGUUGAGGGUCAUCUCCUGCUGACCUUGGGGGCUUUUAGAGCUCAGGAUUAAUGAACAGACCAUCAUAAAAAUGGAAAUGUCAGUCAGCAGUGUGGGCAGGUGGGCACAUUCAGGGCAAAAUGUCAUUUCAAAGUCGAUGAGCACACUUGACACAUCACCAGUCACUGAUAAUCGACUCCACAUCAGCUCCUGUGGCCCUCAUCGUGUGCUGUGAACUCAGACGCUGGUCCUGUGACUUGCACCUUAGUGACAUUCCUGUGACUUUCAGGGCUGUGACAUCAGCUGAUUCUUCUGGAGCCAAACUGCGCCCUCUUGUGGCCACUCUACAUAUUAAACAUACGAGAAGCUAGGAUGUGAAGUGUUUGGUGAGAUCUUAAAAAAAUAUUCAGAAUAUUGACAUCACCUUGAAGGACAGUUUGGUUUUAUAAGAAUUAAUUAUGUAAAAGAAUAUUUAACUUAAUCUUUAAUUAAUCCUUUGUUAAUUAUGAUUAGAUGUUACAUUCACAGAAGUCGAUGGCCUGUUAAUGCUUCAGUUUGUAAAAAUUUGAAUUCCUUAUUAAUUUAAAAAGAUCAAAAAAAAAAACAUAAGGACAAUUGUUAUUUGUCAGAUCUGUUCAUUUCGUAACUUUUGAUUUGUAAAUUCCUCUGAUCAUAUCUCAGGUUUUCUAAAUUCUGUUGAUAGUUGGACUUCUUGUUUAUGAUUAAUCCUCUUUAAUAAAAGGACAAG